GAAGAAAACUAUAACAAAUAGUGACAAAUAAGGAGUGGCUCCCAGUGGCUCCCAGUGUGUCUUCUUCACACUUCAAAUUCUUUGGUUUAGCAAAACCCAGGUGCGCAAUCGUCAAGUGCGCAACUUCCUCUAUACCGGUACAAUGGCGACUGGCACUCUGUACACUUACCCUGAAAACUUCCGUGCCUUCAAGGUACUCGUCGCUGCAAAAUACAGUGGCACCAACGUCACUGUUGCAGACAAACCACCAAAGUUCAAGUUCAGUGAAACCAACAAAACUGAUGACUUUUUGAAGAAGUUUCCCCUGGGCAAGGUUCCAGCGUACGAGGCAGAGGAUGGAACGACAUUGUUUGAAAGCAAUGCCAUUGCUCGCUAUGUUGCCAACGGUAAGCUCCACGGGAGCUGUAACACGUCUGCUGCGCUUGUUGAUCAGUGGAUCAACUUUGGGGACAAUGAGAUCUUGCCAUCAGCGUGUACUUGGGUUUUCCCCUGCCUCGGCUUUAUGCAGUACAACAAACAGAACACUGAAGCAGCAAAAGAGACCAUCAAACGAGCCCUCCGUGUCCUCGACGCCUACCUGAAGACCAGGACCUACUUAGUUGGUGAGAGGAUCUCCCAGGCUGACAUCAGUGUGUGCUGCAACUUGCUAGCUCUCUACCAGCAUGUUCUGGAGCCCUCUUUCCGUGCACCAUUCCCCCAUGUCAACAGAUGGUUCACAACCCUCAUCAAUCAGCCAAACUUCAAGGCUGUCAUUGGAGAGUUCAAACUCUGUGUAAAGAUGGCACAGUUUGACAGUAAAAAAUAUGCUGAAUUAAACAAGAAAGACCAAGGGGGCAAGAAAGAGAAGAAACCACAACCAAAGCAAGAACCCAAGAUGAAAGAAGAAAAGACAGAAGAAAAAGAGGUGGACCUUCCCCCACCAAAAAGGAAAAAUGCCUUUGAAGAACUUCCUCCCGGUAAAUUCAAUUUUGAAGCCUGGAAUCGGCUUUAUUUCAACGAGGAUGACGUGAUUGGAAAGUCUGUCCCUUAUUUCUGGCAGAACUAUGAUAAGGAAAAUCUGUGCUUAUACAAGGGAACAUACAAAGAGGAGGACUUGGCAGCAUACCGAACGAAGCCUUCAUUUAUGAUUAAUAAUUUGAUUGGUGGUUGGUUCCAGAGGUUGGAUGCAAUUCGCAAAUAUGGCAUCGGUAUAGCGGUAGUGACUGGUGAGGAGGGCAAUCUUCAUGCUGUGACGGCGCUGUUUGUGUCCCGAGGAAAUAAGCCUUAUCAUGAGAUCGCUGCUGAUACAAUUGGAGGCUGUGACCACUUGAGUUACGAUUGGGAAAUACUGGAUCCUGAGAAGCCCGAAGUGAAAGAAAUGGUGACAGAAUAUCUCGUACAGGAACCAGAAAGGGACUACUGGAAGGCACAUCCUCUUCUAAGUGUAAAGAACUUCCAUUAGAUUAAUUCAGAAUGCAACUUACGGAGAACUCUACAAUAAUACCAACCAACUAAAUUAUCCUGUUUCUGUCAAUAUCCAUCUUAGUUAAGCAAUUUUAAGUAAUUUGUGCUCACCAAAGCCAAGUAUUGUGGACAAUUUUACAGAAUAUUGCCCAAUGGUUUUGGGUUUAGUUUGCAAGAGGCGAAUACCUUGGUGCAAAUUUCAUGGCUGCAAUUCUGAACUAUAAAGUUGGCACUCUUGAUGUAUUGGCCAGGAACUGAAAGGAGUGCCUUUGAAUCGCCUCGGUGAUUAAUUACACAAUGUAUAACAUCCUGUAAAGAUGACUCUUAGUCUCUUCAUUUUGGUACUUGAUGCUACAGUGUACUGGACCUUAUCAUGUGGGCCAUAAAUGUGUCACAUUAAAUAUUAAAACUUUACCUAUAACCUUGUGUUUAUUGCGAUGGCAGGCAGCUGUCACUUACAUAAAACGUGCUAAGAAAUGUGCAUCCAGUUGAUGGCAAUUGGAUCUAUCCUGAUGUGCUGAGUGAAGAGAAAAAUAAAAAAUUAUUUAUAUA